AAUUUGUUUCCUUUCUCGGAACUGAAGCUACAGAGAAAAUGUAUUAGGUCUCUCUCUCUCUCUUCGCGUAGCUCUCGAGAAAAACCCAGCUGGCAAAAUUUAUGUAUGUCAUCGGAUUCCUAAAGGAAGAAGCUUGUUGCAUAAUAUCUUGAGGUAAAUUACUAGUUACUGAUCCAAAGUUAGAAUCUUUGCUCUAACUCCAGGCUAGCUGAUUGCGUAGCUUCCGAUUGAUUUCUACCUGAGUUUUGAGUUCCUUUGUGGUCACUUUGUUGUUCUUCUGCUGGGUUUUUUGUUCGAGGAUCUGAUACUUCUGUUUGGUCGAUGAUCGAGAGAUCUUCCUUGGGUUUUGGGGAUCUAAGUCAUCUUGAGGUUAUAUAGCUAAUGGUUUGGAUUUGAGUUUGAAUGGAGCGUUUGGGAUUUUGGGGAUUGCUAAUGGGUAAUGUGGAAAAGUCAUUGGAUUCUGGAAAUUCGGUGGCUUGCUCUGCAUCUGCUAAGAAUGGAGACGAAGAUAGUAGUAGUAGUACUUCAUCGAAGCAAGUUUCACCAUUGAGGGGUUCUGGGUCGAGAAAUACUAGUCCUUUAGGUCGAGUUGGGUCGAGAAACACGAGUCCUUCUAGGCAGAAAGUGGUUAAGACGAAGCCUCGUGGUUUAGAGGAAGAAACAGUAGCUUCAUUUGGUAAGCCAGUUGUUGCUGAUGUGCAGAUGGAGGAUGGUAUAUGGGCAAUGCUUCCAGAGGAUUUGCUCAACGAGAUUUUAGCUAGGGUUCCACCGUUUAUGAUAUUUCGAAUCCGGUCUGUUUGUAAAAAAUGGAACUUGAUUCUUCAGGAUAAUAGUUUUCUCAAGUUUCACUCAAAUGUGUCAUCUCACGGACCUUGUCUUCUCACUUUUUGGAAGAACUCACCGCAGAUUCCGCAAUGCUCGGUUUUUAGUUUGCCAUUGAAGACAUGGUACAAAAUUCCAUUCACGUUUUUGCCUCCAUGGGCUUUUUGGUUGGUUGGUUCUUCAGGUGGUCUCGUUUGCUUUUCGGGUAUGGAUGGUCUAACUUUCAGAACUUUAGUAUGCAAUCCUCUGAUGCAGAGUUGGAGGACUCUACCUAGUAUGCACUACAACCAACAAAGGCAAUUGAUUAUGGUCGUAGAUCGCUCAGACAAAUCGUUCAAAGUUAUAGCCACAAGUGAUAUUUAUGGUGAUAAGUCAGUUCCUACCGAAGUGUAUGAUUCCAAAACUGAUAAAUGGUCCUUACAUCAGAUAAUGCCUGCGGUGAACUUAUGCUCUUCGAAAAUGGCUUAUUGUGAUUCCCGGUUAUAUCUAGAGACUCUCUCGCCUCUUGGGUUGAUGAUGUAUCGGCUUGAUACAGGACAAUGGGAACACAUUCCAGCUAAAUUCCCGAGAUCUUUAUUGGAUGGUUACUUAGUUGCUGGAACUCAGAAGAGAUUGUUUCUCGUAGGAAGGAUUGGCCUCUAUAGUACCCUCCAAAGCAUGAGGAUAUGGGAGCUUGAUCACACAAAGGUUUCUUGGGUAGAGAUAAGUAGAAUGCCACCAAAGUACUUCCGAGCACUUCUGAGACUUUCGGCUGAGAGGUUUGAGUGUUUUGGACAAGAUAAUUUGAUCUGCUUUACAUCUUGGAAUCAAGGAAAAGGUCUUCUAUACAAUGUGGAUAAGAAGAUAUGGUCUUGGAUUUCCGGUUGUGCUCUUCAGUCAUGCAACAGCCAAGUGUGCUUUUAUGAGCCAAGAUUUGAUGCAUCUGUCCACUGAACAAGAAGUAAUCGUUUGUCUCACAACAUUCUUGAAAACUUACAAGUUCGCUAGCAAAACAUGUCAGAGAUAUGAAAUCGAAAAGCCUUUGGUGUGUACCUUCAGUGUUAAUGAAGACCUCGUCAGCAAUGAUAUGCUUCAUCAAUGAUUAACAGUAUCGGGGAGAAAAACUGUAAGAUAAACUUGUUUCUAGCAUUCUGUAAAUUAGCAUUCACUGGAUAUGAAAACUUUCUCUAUAUCCAUGUCAGAGAUAUGAAAUAUAUAUACACUUUAUUUUA